UCCGGUGGAGUCCGGAAGACUCUACCGGGAAGGGGCUAAAACUGCGCAGCCAAUCGGGGCAACACUUUCGCCUUACCGGGAGACUCGUGGGUAACUUGCUCUGGGGAAUCAGCACCAUGGCGUCUGGCUGCAAGAUUGGCCCGUCCAUCCUUAACAGCGAUUUGGCCAAUUUGGGGGCCGAGUGUCUCCGGAUGCUGGACUCUGGGGCCGAUUAUUUGCACCUGGAUGUAAUGGACGGGCAUUUUGUUCCCAACAUCACCUUUGGGCACCCUGUGGUAGAAAGCCUCCGAAAGCAGCUAGGCCAGGAUCCUUUCUUUGACAUGCACAUGAUGGUGUCCAGGCCGGAACAGUGGGUCAAACCAAUGGCCGUGGCGGGAGCCAAUCAAUACACCUUUCAUCUUGAGGCUACUGAGAACCCAGGGGCAUUGAUUAAAGACAUUCGGGAGAAUGGGAUGAAGGUUGGCCUUGCCAUCAAACCGGGAACCACAGUUGAGUAUUUGGCACCAUGGGCUAAUCAGAUAGAUAUGGCCUUGGUUAUGACAGUGGAACCUGGGUUUGGAGGACAGAAAUUCAUGGAAGAUAUGAUGCCAAAGGUUCAUUGGUUGAGGACCCAGUUCCCAUCCUUGGACAUAGAAGUCGAUGGUGGAGUAGGCCCUGACACUAUCCAUAAAUGUGCAGAGGCAGGAGCUAACAUGAUUGUGUCUGGCAGUGCCAUUAUGAGGAGCGAUGACCCCAGAUCUGUGAUCAACCUGUUAAGAAAUGUUUGCUCAGAAGCUGCUCAGAAACGUUCUCUUGAUCGAUGAAACCACAAGGAGUCCAGUGUUUAUGCUCAUGUGAAUUCUUUUUUACUGGAAGACAAGAAUAUUGACUAUCGAAUCCUAUCACAGUUGAAGCAGUGCUGUUUUACUGAGCAGCUAUUCAUUCCAGUGACUAAAAUCUAUUCUGCAGAACGUUCCAAGAGGUUAGAAAUUGGUGUGUAUAACUACCUUUUUAGUGAUAGAAUUUAAAGAUUAGUGUGGUAAAAUACCGUUUUUACUGGGAGACUUGAUUUUUAUAAAGUAAAAAUAUGGCUGUAUUAAGGUUAUGAACAGAAGUGUGUCUUAAAGCCUAAUGAAGGUGUACUAGCUACUAUGAAAAAAGAUGUUUUUUUUCUGCAUUUUAAAUCAUCUCUUUUCUUGGUUUUCCAAAGCAAAGGAAGUCCUUAUUCCUGUUUCGUGUUAUUUUGAUUUGUCUGUGCGCAUGAUAACAUGAGUAGAAUGGAACUUGUGAAAAAUCUAAGUUUGAAUCUGCUUAGGAUAGCGCACUGUAUUCUUGCUUCUUUAACAUCGGUCUUUUACUUUGCACCUUAUAUUUGAUGCAUAAAAACUGUAAAAACAGUGUAUUUCAGGUGGACUAUUCUAAAAUUACAAAUAGAGAUUUUAUCAAGUUGU